CUCCGCGGAGGACUUCCACCUCCACGCACUUGGUCAGCGGCCUCCCCUGUGACUGGACGCACCCCCUGCCCUGUCCCAAGGCCCUACCCCUGCUGCACCCGAGCACCGACACCCGCCGCGGCGCAGCGCACCAGAAGUCCUCUCGGCGAGCCGGCUGAGACGCGCCACGGCACUUGGACGACACACGGGAGUCGAUCCCUUCGCCACGUCAACCAUGAGGACAAACGUUGCCGCCCUCGCGACCCUGAUGGCGUGCCUGCUCGGCCUGGCCGCCCUGACCUCGCCCGUGGCCGCGCGCUACCUCCCCACCAAGAGGGGCUCGCAGGACGGCGACCGGCUGGACCGCCUGGCGCACCUCAUCAAGGAGCUGCUGGCGGAGAGCGACGCGGCGCCCAUGGACCACACGGCGUACGACCAGCGGGUGUUCUACAAGCGGGAGGCGCCCUCCUACCCGGAGCGCGACGCGGCCGCCGCCCCGCUGCAGGUGCCGGACACGGGCCGCGCGCAGCUGGUGGCGCCCGCGGCCCGCAACUGAGCUGUCGCCGCGGCGAUACGCGGCGCGCGGGGGAGGGGACCCGGCCGCGGAUGAGGGGAGGGGGCGGCGCUCACCUUCCAGCCGCGGUCCCACGGCUGAAGCGGCGCGAGCUGAUACGGCUGCUGAAGUCACGGGACGACCGUUUUUGGACCGCGAGUUCAGCGCAGUAUGGGCCCAGGGAGCGACGCCCACCCACACGUCGGUAUUUCAGCAACUGAACAUAAAUCGUUGGAGUCAAAUCGACCCGAGACAAGAGCUUGACUUGAUUUGGCCCCAAAGAAUGGGAGCCCCGCGUUGAAAUACGGGCUGCAGGGCGGGCCGUCGUUGUCAUGUCCCCCCUGCGCUGUUUUUGUUUUCAUCCAACCGCACUCGGCCUCUCUUGAGCCGCUUUCCUCCCUUAGGAGCCCUCGUUCAUCUCUGACGGCUCCCUUCCUCCGUCUCUCUUUCUCUUAUUGUUCUUCAACAUUUUAAAGACUUAUAGGGAUACAACAACGUUUUUGCAAUGUUUAGCGGCCUUUUUUCAGCUACUCGCUCCUUGUUCUCACUUUUUCGUGUCCUGUGCAUUUUCAGUGAGCAAGCGCUUAUGUAUAAAGCAUUUUUCUGACCCUCAUCAAAAUUUUUGUGAUCUGAAAAACUGAAAAAUUGGCUCCUAACGUUUUGACGGCAAGUGAGUUGCUCACUCGCUGGAAAUGCUUCAAUAUGCAGCACAGGCAAAGUUUCAGCAGUGCUUCUCUCGUUGACAAAAAAAUAACCGGUGUACUAAAAUGAGCUUGUGGUUGUGAGCUGAAGGUACCUCAGUGUGAGAUGCACUGAUGAUACUCUCAGAAUGUAGUAGAUAUAGAAUUAGGAUUUUAAUUUCAAAAUGCUUGAAUCUAUUUAUUAGGGAAAGUUUAAAAUAAAUAAUUUAAAGGCAAGAGAAUAAAAUUGUCACUGUUCAUUUUUCUCUGACUCCUAAAAGCUUAAAUGCGGUGCCGUGCCAAUAGAAAUUAAAAUUUUAAGAAAGAUAUGUUAUUUUUGUGAAUUCGAUGUAAUCGGAUUUUGAGAAAGGAUUGUGCACCUUGUUAAUGUCCUGUUUAUGGUGCACUUUUAACCAUCCAUAUCUUACAGUUGCCUCCAGUAAAUAUGAAAUAUUAAACCUAUUUAAGUGGAAUACUUAGAAAAACCUUCUUCUGCUUCUACAGCUGCACAAGCGUUGUAAAAAGUGCUCCCUAAACACAUGGUGUAGAGUCAAAUUACCGUUCUAACUUUAAAAUUAGCCACUUAAACCAGUAUUUGCGUGAGGGAAUAUGAGUUUGUAAUAGUAUUUAAUUAGUUUACUUAGUUGUCCAUCCAUAAACGAACGCAUGUACAAAGUGAAUUCAUUUGUUUACCUUAUCUUGGUGUUAUUGUUUCUUCUGUUGUUAAUAACUCACAUAAUAAAGAUGCAAACCUCAGUA